AUGAAGGCUGCUCAAGAUAGAAAGAAGUCGUAUGCUGAUUCUCUUCGGAGACCUAUUUCUUUUGAGGUGGAGGAUAAGGUGCUUUUGAAGGUUUCUCCUAUGAAAGGAGUGAUGCGGGUUGGUCAAAAGGGCAAGUUGAGUCUGAAGUUCGUAGGUCCAUAUGAGAUUCUUGAAAGGAUUGGGGAGGUCACGUAUCGUUUGGCUUUGCUGCCGGAGCUGUCGAAGGUUCAUGAUGUGUUUUAUGUGUCGCAGUUGCGCAGGUAUAGUAGUGAUCCUUCGCAUGUGAUCCCUGUUGAGUCGGUGUCAGUUGAGCCGAAUCUGACUUUUGAAGAGCGACCUGUUCGUAUAUUGGACCGUCAGAACCGUGCUCUUAGAAGGAAGAUGGAAAUGACUGCUAGACUUGUGACUGCUUGGGCUAGCAGAGUGAGAGUUUGUAGUGAGAAGAAGCUCCUAGUACUGUUUUGGUAA